GCGUUGGACCGGAAGGAAGUGGGUGUUAGCUGAUUGGCGUUAGCGAGCCACUAUUCCCAAGUCUGCUGCGGGUUCUAUGGAAGAGAUGUCAGGAGAGAGUGUGGUGAGCUCGGCAGUGCCAGCAGCUACAACCAGGACUACAUCCUUCAAAGGCUCCAGCCCCAGCUCUAAAUAUGUGAAGUUAAAUGUUGGGGGAGCAUUAUACUACACUACAAUGCAGACACUAACCAAACAAGACACAAUGCUGAAAGCCAUGUUCAGUGGCAGGAUGGAGGUCCUCACAGACAGUGAAGGUUGGAUCUUGAUUGAUCGCUGUGGAAAACAUUUUGGAACAAUCCUCAACUACCUUAGAGAUGGAGCUGUGCCACUCCCUGACAGCAGGAGGGAAACUGAGGAACUGCUUGCUGAGGCCAAGUAUUAUCUUGUCCAAGGCCUUGCUGAUGAAUGCACAGCUGCAUUGCAGAACAAAGAAACAUAUGAACCUCUCUGUAAAGUGCCUCUGAUGACGUCCUCUAAAGAGGAGCAGAAGCUUAUUGCAACCUCUAAUAAGCCUACUGUGAAACUGCUGUAUAACAGGAGCAACAACAAGUAUUCAUAUACCAGCAAUUCUGAUGACAACAUGCUGAAAAAUAUUGAGCUGUUUGAUAAGCUGUCGUUGCGGUUCAACGGUCGGGUGCUCUUCAUAAAGGACGUUAUUGGGGAUGAGAUCUGUUGUUGGUCAUUUUAUGGCCAGGGGCGCAAGAUUGCUGAGGUGUGCUGCACCUCCAUUGUUUACGCCACAGAGAAGAAGCAGACUAAGGUGGAGUUCCCCGAGGCUCGAAUCUAUGAGGAGACCCUCAAUAUCCUCCUGUACGAGUCCCACGAUGGGAGGGGUCCAGACAACGCCCUGCUUGAGGCCACAGGAGGCGCUGCAGGUCGAUCUCAUCACCUGGAUGAGGACGAAGAGCGAGAGCGAAUUGAGCGUGUUCGUAGGAUUCACGUCAAACGGCCUGAUGACCGCACUCACCACCACCAGUGACCUCACCCUCGACCUGUUGGCCUGUGUCUCUGAAUCUGGACUGUCUUUGCACCACGCCUGUGCCUUACACCACCCAGCGCCUCUCUGUCUCACUUCCUCUCUUAUUUUACCAGCUUUUCCUCCCAAGAGAUUUCUACCAGAUGAGUAUCAUACAACAGUGUGUAGUGGUGAAGUGAUUUCCUGAGUGUUUUUGUGUUGUCAUAGCGUCAUAUUUGUUGUGUAAUCUUGUCCAUUGACUGUCAUGAUUGCCUCAUCUGUGUUCUUUGCUAGAUUUAAGUAAUAUUAUCAUUCAUAUACACAGGUGACAGUUUUACUUGUGUUUAUAUUGGAAAAAAAGAGUAUUAUCAGAAAAAAACUUGGUAUUUGAGGUCCUAACUUCCAGGAGAGCAAGAAUAAUAUCAUGUAAGCAGCUAAAAUUUUAUGUUGAUUAUUUUUGGUUCUCCCCUACCUUGGCCCUGACGGGGCUACUGUAAGGUCAUCAGUGGAUAAACUAGUUGUUGUAAACAGUGAGGCCAUAAGGUGGCACUGUUGAACUCUUAGAAGAUGUUACCAAGGCUGUUUGGUAGCCUGCAGAUUAUAGCAAAAAAAAGUCUUCUUUUUUAAAUGUAACAUUUUUUUAAUACAUUAAUCACAGAUGGAUGCAACAUUUCACUGUAGUGCUUCUUUCUUAUUUACUUUUAACGUUUAUGCAUUUUUCCUACACUUCACUUAAUGUUCAUUAUUUUUCAGUGAAUGGAACUUGAGCUGUGACUCGAGGUGUUAAAUGUACGGGGGGUGAUUGAAUGAUGGGUGCUGAGGUUGAAGUGAAUGACUGUAACCAGAGAUCUCCCUGGCAGGAAGGGAAUCCUGUCUACAAGAUUUGAACAGGGAGAGAAAUUAGAGCUGUCCUUCAUCGCUGCAUUCAUCACUGAAUGAACUGUUUGCACACAAGAGGUUUGAGUUGAAAUAUGUUUAACAAUCACAGUACUUGUAGGUCUGUUGUACAGAAGUGAACAUAUAUGUAUGUUUUAUAUUUAUACAUACUUUAUCACAAAUAAAUUUCUAGAAACA